GGAGAUUGUAGCAAAGAAGAAGAAGAAGAUAAAACUUCGACAUCAUUUUCGUCAGCGCAGGUGAAAUUUUCGAUUCUUCGCGAAUAAAAACUUUACUCCGUCGGUGUUACGUAGUCCGAAACUGCCCAAAAAUAAGCGACACGCGCCCGUUCACUUUUAGGUAAUCGUUUUGUGCUAAAAUUGCUCUCAUCCCAGCAGGUAGAUUGUGGUAAAAUUAUUGUUUUCCUGCGGGGCAAUCCAGAAGACGACUUUUGCACCAAGGACAGUGAAGGAAGGCAACUGCACAGGCUGCAAAAAGUGGUCACUCUUAUCACACGGGACGAAUAGUGUGCCUGAUAGUGCAGCGUGCAGAAAGGAUAACGUAGAAGAGGAAGUUGUUUUGAUUAAAAAGGCUGAUAAGAGGAAAUUCUGACGAGGUUGUGCAAAGAAACCCCUAACUACCGCGGGUGGGGUAGGGAAGAAUGAAACAUUUUGUUAUGCUCGUGCGAAGCGCUUUGGAACAACUGCAGUGGCAGAUUCAGCAUAAAAAUAUUGCGUAAAGCAGUUCGAUCAUAAGGCUCGAGUUUUCGAAAAAUAUUUGUAAUGAUGGAGGGUGAUAUUUGUCGAGUCUGUCGCUGUGAAGCCCAGUCGGAUCGGCCGUUGUUUCACCCUUGUAUCUGCACGGGCAGCAUCAAAUGGAUCCAUCAGGAUUGCCUAAUGCAAUGGAUGCGUUACUCACGAAAAGAAUAUUGCGAAUUGUGCGGUCAUCGUUUCUCCUUUACGCCCAUAUAUUCACCAGAUAUGCCGAGAGUGUUACCGUUGAAAUACGUAGCAGGAGGCCUACUUAGCUCCGUCGGGACAGCCGUCAAAUACUGGAUACACUACAGUAUGGUCGCCGUUGCUUGGCUGGGAGUCGUUCCGCUGACAUCCUACCGGACCUAUCGAUUCUUAUUCUCCGGUUCAAUUGACAUGCUGCUUACGUUGCCGAUCGAUAUGUUUUCCACAGAGAAUAUAGCGAUCGAUGUAUUUCGGGGAUGUUUUGUGGCGACUUGUACACUGUUUACCUUCGUGGGAUUAGUGUGGCUUCGAGAGCAAAUCAUUCACGGAGGUGGGCCGGAUUGGCUGGAACGAGACGAUCCUCCACCGGUGCCGGCCGAUGCCAACGCAAAUGAGGAACGGCCAAACCCAGCGGAGAAUGGUCAAGAAGAGAAUGAUAACAACAAUAAUAAUAAUAACAACGUCAAUGAUGAUAACAAUAACGAGGAGGAACACAACAACAACAAUAAUAACAACUUUCUGGACAACAACCUGAUUGAUCCACAGAAUCGGGGUCGACCAGAAGAAGCUGCAGUCUUGGGUAUCGGAGGAGCAGCAGCUUUAGUGCCACCACCACCACCACCGCCCCCAGUAGCAGCUGCUGUUGCGCCUGGUGCUCCAUCGGCACAAGCAGUUCCCGCCGCACCGGCCCCAGUUCCAGCACCUCGCGUUCUCGAAGCUCCUGCCGACAACAUUGCAAUCGAUCCGGCCGAACCACCGCCACCAGUAGAUGGUGCUGAUGCAGAACCGGAAGUUGUAAACGAACCAGCCGAGGCAGCAGCAGACGAAGCCAACUGGAACCCAAUGGAAUGGGAACGAGCUGCUGAGGAGCUCACCUGGGAACGAUUGCUUGGGCUGGACGGAUCGAUGGUGUUCCUAGAGCAUGUUUUCUGGGUCGUAUCGCUCAACACAUUGUUUAUUUUUAUUUUUGCAUUCUGUCCGUACUUUAUUGGAAACUUUCUGAUUACCUUUUUGGGAAUCAUUACCCCCGGUAAACCGCUUCUGCAUUUUCACGGCUUAAUCACAACUCUGUUGGGUUACUGUGUGAUUGGAAUAACAUUGGUUAAACUACACGCCAUUGCGCGUCUUUUGCGCUGGCACCGACAACGUAGGUUCCUUGGGCUGUGCUACAUCGUAGUGAAGGUGUCGCUUUUGUCGGUGGUAGAGAUCGGAGUGCUUCCACUGGUGUGUGGAUGGUGGCUGGAUAUUUGUUCGCUGCCGAUGUUCGAUGCUACUCUUAAGGAUCGAAAAGCUAGCUUCAAAGCCGCACCGGGAACGUCCCUCUUCAUUCAUUGGAUGUUCGGAAUGGUUUAUGUGUACUAUUUUGCUUCCUUUAUUGUGCUACUCCGGGAGGUGCUUCGCCCUGGUGUACUGUGGUUCCUGCGGAAUCUUAACGAUCCGGACUUUAGUCCUAUUCAGGAAAUGAUUCAUCUCUCGAUACUUCGACACGCACGACGACUUAUUGCUUCUGCUAUCAUAUUCGGAUCAGCAGUGCUGCUGAUGCUUUGGGCACCAAUUCAAAUUUUAAAAUCGCUCUGGCCGACCUUCUUACCUUACACUCUAUCUGGCGAUUCGGAAGUCAACGAACUUAGCUUGCAGUUGCUCUUGCUACAGAUAAUUCUUCCGGGUUUUUUCGAACAAUCGCACACUCGCAUCUGGCUAAAGGGUUUGGUUCGGAUCUGGUGCAACGUAGUGGCCCAUAUUUUAGGCAUAAAAAGUUACCUUCUUGGAUCAGAACCGCGCACUAAUGAGGAUGAAGUUCCACCACGGCAGCAACCGGAACUAGGUGCUGGAUUAGCAGCUGCACAUCAGGCAAUCAUGCAGCGUGAUGUUCCUGUCGGGUUUCAACCGUACGAUCGGCCGGCAUUAUUUGCUGUUCGAUUGGUCGGACUAUUAGCGAUGAUGUGCGUAAGUCUUGUGAUCGGAUCGUUGAUUACACUGACCGUUCCUGUUUGGAUCGGUCGACACGGGAUGACGCUAUGGUCAAUGGGUUCCCAUAUAACUCCUCCGCCCAAUGCAGUUGCCAGUGGAACUGAAACUCCUCCAAGGCCACACGAAUUGUACACAGCGGCAAUGGGAACGUAUCUAUGCUGGAUCAUAUCACGGGGUAUUGCUGUUGCCGUGAAUCUAUUCCCACAGGGACGCACUGUAGUUAUGGAACGAGUGAAGCAUUGGAUUUCCGUCGCAACUUCGUACGCAUUAGCAGCCAUGAUAUUCGUACUUAUGCUGGGAGUGAUUCCGCUUAUGUUUGGCCUCCUGCUCGAACUGGUUGUGGUGGUUCCGUUACGAGUUCCUUUAGAGCAAACACCGGUUCUGUUCCUAUGGCAAGACUGGGCCUUAGGAGUGCUAUACACUAAAAUUGCAUGCGCCCUGACCCUGAUGGGUCCCGAUUGGGCUCUCAAACGAGCAAUCGAACAAGUUUACCGCGAUGGUCUUCAUGAUAUUAACCUGAAAUUCAUUAUUCGUGAGUUGGGCGCUCCGGUAAUAACCUGUUUCGGGCUUGCUUUGGCCGUUCCUUACGUGAUUGCCCACUCGAUUCUGCCACUCUUCUUCACCAAGCAAGUGACGAGGAUACUGAUCGCUCGCCAGAUCUAUCCCUUCUUCCUGUUGAUCGCGUUCAUCGUAGUCAUCGUGAUUUUGCAGAUUCGACAGUUCAAAAAGCUGUACGUAGCAAUUAAAAACGACAAAUAUCUGGUUGGGCAACGAUUAGUUAACUACGACCAUCAGCGUAAGAAGCGCUCUGAAGCGGCCGCCGCUAGCCAAAACGCCACAACUGCUGCGGCCGCCGCCCAAGUUGUACAGUAAAUGUCGCGGAUAUCGGAGAGAAUAGUGGAACGUGACACGUUAUUACCAGGCAAAAUUCAAACGAGUAGUCAUAGUGGAAAUGCAAAAUGCAUUGAAAAAAUUGAAGAUAUCAAUGAGCUGAGGGCAGAGAAUUACCAGCUAAUGUAAAGGUACUCUUUUGUUGUAGUUGUUUAUUUUACAGAUUUGGGAAUCUUGUAUAGUAAAAUUUAUCUAAAUAAAACAAAACAAAAAAUCUAAAAAAAAACAUUGUUGUUAUAGCACUAAAAUUAGUAAUUUUAACCAUAAAAUGAAAUGUGGAAAAUCGUAGUGUAAGAUAUUUCUAAAAGCUAAGCAGAUAGUGUGGGGCUGAAAGCAGACUAGCAAAAAAAUGUGACCAGAGAUAACUGUUUCCAAAAAUAGCAACUAUUUCCAUCGCACGCGUUUGUACUAAAUUUUGUAUGAUUCUGUAAUAUCGAAAUUCAAAAGGAAAAUGUAGAAAUCCAUUGUGCAAAUAUAAUAAUAAAAAGCGCCAGCCCACUGUACAGAUGAACGACCCAAGAGAAAAACUUGAAUCAGGGCCCUCGCUUGCUUGCAUGUUAUAUCUAUUGUAGCAAACUACAGCAAAUAACUGGAUUAUCCUCUUCAAUUUGAAUUAGUUGCAAGCAAACCAAUAAAGAACUGAUAAUGAAACAAAACAA